UUUUGACAGCGCGUUUUGACAGUUCUUCGCUGAACGGCUCAAAAAAUUCUCGUCAUCCUCGUCGUACGGGAGGAAAUUUUGUGUGUUCCGCCGAUUGUCGUCCGAUUUUGCAGCGAAAUCCAACUAGCAGGAAGGUAAAGUUCGACUGUCAACACUCAGCGGAAGGUUCUGCAUCUGGCCCCCAAACGUGAAACGAUGGCCGUGAAAGCAAUCAACGACGAGGCUCACUUCCAAGCCGAACUGGCAGCUGCCGGAGGAAAGUUGGUCGUGGUGGAUUUUACCGCAACUUGGUGCGGACCAUGCCGUAACAUUGCUCCUCUGUUCGAGCAGCUUCCGGCCAAAUAUCCGAAGGCAGUUUUCCUAAAAGUGGACGUGGACAAAUGCUCGGAGACGGCCUCAUCGCAGGGAGUUUCGGCCAUGCCAACUUUUAUCUUCUACCGAGCGAGGACGAAAAUCGACCGAAUGCAGGGAGCUGACAUCAAUGGACUGGAGGCGAAGAUUCAGAAACAUUACGUGUCCAGUGUUGACGAAUCCGGAGAGGACUAUGGUCAUGGUUUGUUGGACCUUGCAACAUUCAUCCAGAAGAACCAGUGCGAAUGUCUGAACGAAUCGGAUGAACACCCGAUGACGAACGCGCUGAGCGCAAGCGGUGGCCACUUGGCAUCGGACUGCGACGAACAGCUGAUCAUUUCGAUCACGUUCAACCAGGUGGUGAAAAUCCACUCGAUCAAAAUCAAGGCGCCGCCAACGCACGGACCGAAGAAUGUCCGGCUGUUCAUCAACCAGCCGCGGACGAUGGAUUUCGAUAUGGCCGAAUCGCACGUCUCGGUGCAGGAUCUGGUGGUGGAGCAGAAGGAUCUGGAAUCCGGCGCUCCGAUCCAGUUGCGCUUUGUCAAGUUCCAGAACGUGCAGAACAUUCAGCUGUUCGUGAAGGACAAUCAGUCGGGCGAGGAGACGACCAUCAUCGAUCAUUUGGCCUUCAUUGGGUCGCCGAUUGCCACGACGAAGAUGGACGACUUCCAGCGGGUGGCGGGAAAGAAGGGCGAAAGCCAUUGAGACAUUUCGGAAAGGAACUCCAGAUUGUGAAGAAUGACGUAGAAGCUGAUUGCGAGUUUGGUGAGUGGUGAGUCGAUUCUUGGAUAAAGUUUUGUUUUGCUUUUUUAUAAAUUAUUAAAUCACAUCAUGAAUAUAA